CCACCACCACCUCUUUUCUCCUCUCCCCCAGCAACCUCCGGUCCACCGUCGUUUCCACCGUCCACCGUCCACCGCCUCCAUCACCAUCACCAUGAAGAAAACGGACCAGAACUCGUCGCGCAGCCAGGGUUGGUGGAGAGGGAAAAGCAAUGACUGGUGGGACUUUGCCUAUUUUUGCUUCCCAGCCGCGGCGGCGCGCCUGUUCCAACUAGCUCACGGCUUCUGUGCAUCCACUCAUCAUCCAUCGCCGCACGCAGCAGAGCCAACUACUUUUGUGGGUACUUGGAUAAUGUACACAUGUAUGUACGUACCUAGGUAAACUCACGGUGAUUUCGCCCGAGUUGGCCACCCGCUCAUGGGAUAUAUGUAUGUAUAUAUAUAUGCGUUACUUUAAUUCGCAUUCGCGAGAUGAGCCUCAAGGCAUAUACAUACAGACAUGCAUGGGGUACUAUACAGACUUGACCAAGUGCACAUGUACCCAUGUAGAUGAAUGUAGACGACGCAAUACCAGCGCACCUACAUAUCCAUCCCAAUGCUGUUGUCCACAGACUAUCGCCGUGCUUUGGCGGGACACACAUGCAACAUUUCUUGUCAGUCCGUCUUCUACUCGAAUGUUGUUUUGCUCCGCAGCGUCGCCAUUCCAGGACGACACGCGAUACGAUCGGUAAACCUGGGGUGCACUUGCCCCUACCUAGCGCCGGCUUCCUCGCGUCGGUCGGCGGUAAUCAAUCAACCGCAGCUGCAUUCCAUGGGAGAACCCUCCACCUUGCCCGCUGCCCAACUACUACCACCUACACUCUGCGAUGCUCGAUGGAUUCGAGCUUGUCCUGUACCGUUGGCUAGCCGCUGGUGCGUACAUAGGCACGAGUCUUGUUUCGUGACCCCCGCCAAACCAAGGGAUCGAUUGUUUGUUUCACUCGGCCAACCCAGGGCCAUGCCGCAGCGUUGGUGGGACCGUGACCCGGUGUGUGUGUGUGUGCCAAUGUUGGUGUCUGUGCUUCACAGGUAUACUCGAAAUGCUCCUAGCUGCAACCGGACAACGUUUCUGUCUGAACCAAACACUGCGGGCGCGCGCGUCUAA